AACACGCAGUUCUGUAGUAGAACGUAAAACAAUUCCCUUUGAGUAACAAGAGAUUCGAAAAGUGCGACGAAGUUUUCAUUCGAUCCUUCUUUCGAUCAUUACUCCUCUUCUAACGAUACGAUAAUGAUCUAGAUAAUAGACAUCGGUAUAACGCGUCACGAGAAUUCGAAAUAAUUUUGUGAACUUAAAAUUUUUUACAACGAAAGAAACAAAGGUCGUUAAUAUCUUAGUGAGCAGGUGUUGCAUUCUAGGAUCCGCGCUGUGAUCGCCUUCAGUGUUUAGUGAAAUUCAGUGGCAAUUUCUUUGACGGUUUCACGCGUUCCUACAUAUACCGUAGUCUGCAACAAGUAAGGAAGGCGGUAAGAAAUUCGGAAGAAAUGAAAAAGGCAAGAAGUUACCGCAUAUUCGCGACGUUUCUGUUGUUGUUGUUCUUUGUCUCACCGUCCUCCACUUGGGCCUUGACGACUUUCGGUAAAACGAACCCGCAAAUUCAGAAUCAAAGUCCUCCGCCACCUACUCCAGGUUUUAUUGCUUUAGGUAAUCACGGUACCAUCAGGAACGUACAAUUUCAGGUGAUUUCAAUUUAUAGUAAUUUACGAAUGAUCAGUAUGAAUUCAAUUGCAGCAUUGCACACGCCAUGUAAUAGCGAUUCAGAAUGUAUUCAUGGUGCAUAUUGCGUGCAAGCGAACAGUACUACAGCGCCUGGGAAACGUUGCUAUUGUCAUGAGGGAUAUUACGAGGAGUCUCCACUGCUUUGUAGUGGUAGCGCAUCAAUUUUUACACUUCACGCAACGAUUCUAUUAACUUUAAGUAUCGUGAAACGCAAUUUCUGUUUCUUAUAAAUCUCUCGAAUACCUUCAAUACUUUCUUGGAGAAUGUGACAAACUCUUGUUCGUUUUAACAUUAUGUAACUAACUUUGAAUCAACCAAAAAUACAAUAUUAAGAUCAUUUUUAAUUCUACGUUAAGAGAUACCUGUAAAAAAGCGUAAUACAAUUUUUUAAAGAAAUGCAAUUACAAAACACAAAUAUAAAAAAUAUAUUAUCACAAUAUGGAUAUAGUAGAUUGUGAUUAACGUGACUUUGCAUUGUUUCAAUUAAAUAUUCGAAGGGUGUAUACAAAAGUAUUUUUGGACGACUCACAUCAAGAAAAAGUACACGUGUAACGUCAAUCGAUACGGAACGUGCUCUAAUUUCUGAACGUCUCGUAUUGUAUACAUAUACAUUAUUACUAAUCUCAAUUGCCAGUUGGUUUUUCUAUUAAAAAAAUAGUAUGGUUUAGUAUACACAAUAUGUAUUGUUAAACUGCGGAUUUUUAUACAAAAUUUUUGUCAUACCAAUUUAAAGAAUAAGAUCUAAAUGCUUUCUUUUUCUGUUCAAAAAUUAUUAUAUGCAUUACAUUUCUAAUCUUUUGUAAAUUCUUGCAUAGUCCAUGCAUACUUUAUAUUUCUUGUACAUCCAAAUUUUUUUACAAAUAGAUAAAAUCCGCAGUUGAUUUAUUAUAUAAACUGAACACUUCAUCUUAGGAGUUAAGAAAAGAUCGGAAUUCUCUACAACUGAACCAUGUGCGGGUUUCACGUAGUUAAGGUAGUAGGCCCGAAAAUUAAUUUUUUAAAUUGUAAUUAUUAUUUAUCGAUGACAAAAUUUACUACAAGCCAGGCGACACGAUAAACGAGGUAUUCAUUUUCAAAGUUUUAUUUUUUAACAUGUAAUUCCUAUACUGACGCGAAACUGACAUUAUUAAUUAUAACAACAAAAAAACUGCUUUUAAGCGGACACUCAGAUUUAAAACUUAGAAUGUGAGACGAGUUCUUUAUUCAUAAAUAAUUCUCUUAAAUGUUUCUAAUGGAGUCCUAUAACUUUUACGCAUUUUAUCGUAAUUAAAUUAUCUCUCUUGUUGUGUGGUAAUGUUUGAAAAAAAAUAGCUUUCACUAUAUGUGUACAACUGUUAGUUUUUAUUUCCACUUCCUAGAGCAGAUGUGUUACUCAAUUAAAGCAUCCCUGAGUUAUUAAGUCAGACUACUAUAAAUAUACUUGAUAUUUAUUCAAUUCAUAUAUGCAACAUUUUCUAAACUGUUUUAUUCAUCAUCUGAUAUUGCAAAACUAAUUAAAAAAAAAUAACAAUUGUGUGAAUUUAUGAACGAUAAGAUCUUAUUUCAUUAAGGAAAAGACUAAUGCAGUGUGUGUGACGAAAAGAGAUCAGCAGUGAUUAUAAAAGAUAUCCCUUUUGUUCACAAUUUAUAUAAUCCCUAUUCAUGACAAGUUACGUAAAUAGAUAUUAUGUAUGUAUAAUACACUGUCCGAAAUUUUUAUAAAAUCGACUUUAUUUACAAGUACAUUUUAAAUGUACUUGCAAAAAUUUAUGAAAGCCUUAAAAAAAGAAGCCAGCUUAUUUCCUGGAUCUCAAUCCUAUCGCAAAUCUGCGGGAAUACUCGUGAAAAGAGUUUUUUGGUUCGUUCUACAUUAUGUUUCCUCAUUUCCAUUUUCGAAUAAAUAUUAUUUCUAUUAUCACUGUUAAUUAAAUAUGUUAGUUAAUCUCAAAACGAUAUCAUUUACAAAAUAAUGAUUAUUAUAGAAAUACUAUGAAGAUUGUAAUUGCAUUAAGAAACACAGCCUUAUGGAAAUUUCGGACAGAGUGAUUUGAUUCAGUAGCUGAAGUAAUAACUGUUAAUAGUACAUACGUUAUGUAUAGACAAUUAUAGCCAUGUAUACAUAGGUACAAUUCUUAUAUGCCAAUAACGCCUGGAAUACCAACGACUGUAUGAAACAAACUAUAUAAUAGUUAAUAAUUAAAUAGAUACUAACAGUUUACGCUUACACGGAUUUAUCAAUACACAAAUAUACACCAGCAUCUAUUUCGAUUACAAUGCAUAGCAUUUUAUAACGUUUGUAAAUUGACGAUAGAACUGUAGUAAAUUGCAUUAUUCAUCCUAUCUAUGUGAAUAUGUUAUUAACACGAAUAUUAAAUCGAGCACUAAUAAAUAUUUCCGUACUCUAAA